AUGGCUCAUCUGUCGGCACCGCAACCCGACGAUGUCCAUGCCCGGGCUGAGGCAGCUACUGAUACGUAUACAAUUCUCGACGGCGACCACUCCUUUGAGACUCAAACCAGCAUAGGCCACGGAUUCGCCCAGAACUUCGGACCCAUCACUAGUCUCUCCGAGAUUCCAGCGAGCGGUAUCAGCACAGACUACCUCGCAAGCCUUUUUGCGCAUAAUCCAGCCAGUCCAACGUCUACCAAUACGUCAACACAAAACCAAAGACAACCGCCGGCUGGCGCACGGGCCAACCGCAAUCCGAUUGGGCCUGUCCAUGAUCUGGUUGGGUCACCGUCCAUUGAUACGUCAUUCUCAGGCGACGAAGUACAAUUGCCGGCCGAAGUAGCCGUUGACGGCUAUGACCUUCGGACGGCCGUCCCAGAAGCUCAACAUGAGUUCAACGAACUGCUUGCCAGAAUUCAAGGUUAUGGAUCGUCCUUGGCUGCACGUGCUCCCAAUGCUACCAUGCUGGAGGAAUUGCCGUUUGCAAUUCCCUUUCUCGGCCGUCAACCUUCCCUAGGUCCUCCACAUGAUGCCCAAGACGUGGCCGCGGCAGCUCGCUUGUUGCAGCUUAGUGCGGCGGAGGUACCCGACAGAGAAGCCUACGCCUUGGAGCACCAAAGCCACGAACAAAUCGAAGACUAUGCCGGAGAGGAUCUGGAAGGAUCAACCGAGCUCUGGCAAGUUGCCUUCCUCGACGAUUUUGGGCAGAAUGAUGACCAUGGUAACUUUUUGGAUCAGAUACUAGCGGACUGGGAUGCUCAGCCCAGCCUGGAUCAGCUGCCCACGUCUGGCGACGCAUUCCCGUCAUCCGACUGGGAGCAGUGGCCGUUCGCAUUUGACGGUGGACUCCUCCUUGCGGUUGCGCGCGAAGACCCUGGCUUGAGAGCAGAACAGCGCCAGCUGGAGCCUCGUCAAAGUAUCGAAUGGGAAGUUGAUUCCCUUGUUUUAAUGGGUGCAAUUGAUGUCGUCGAGUUGGAGGAGCUGCGGUCUGCGCUCUUGUCGCACAGAAGGCAGCCACAAGCCGUGUAA